UCCCUUCUAUCACUAGAAAUUUUUUUUAUAAAAAAAACAACUUUUUUUUGUUGAUGGAUGGGGAAACAGGUUUCUCUUUGGGACGACCAAGCGGCGGAGGAUACGGCGGCAACCACCGGAGGCCGGCGAGGCCGAAGGCGGAGCUGAGCUUCGGGACGGCUGAUCAUCGUUCUCUGGCGAGGAUCUCCUCGGAGGUUGAGGAGACAACCGCCAUUAACGCUGCGUCGAGCAGCUGUAUGGGCUUUGGAAUCGAUAACAAUCAUCGCUCUUGGGACACUUCUUCUUCCAACAUCAGCUUCGCCAUAGAUCAACCCGGAAAACGAUCCAAGACUACCGAUUUCUUCACCCUAGAAACUCAGUUCAGCAUGCCACAGACGUCACUGGAGAUGGGGCGAAUGGAGAGCUUAAUGAACAUCCCCGAAGAUUCGGUCCCUUGUAAGAUCCGGGCGAAACGCGGUUGCGCCACUCACCCACGCAGCAUCGCCGAAAGGGAGAGAAGAACAAGAAUAAGUGGGAAACUGAAGAAGUUGCAAGAAUUGGUUCCCAAUAUGGACAAGCAAACGAGCUACGCGGACAUGUUGGAUUUGGCUGUGGAGCAUAUCAAAGGUCUUCAACACCAAGUAGAGACACUGCGGAAGGAUACGGAGAAGUGUACUUGUGGGUGCAUGCAAUAGGAGAUGUUUUUGUCUUACUUCCAAUCUCGAAGGAACCUUAAAGACAUUAAAAAAAAAAGCCAACACUCAGUUCCAAGGGUUUUGGAGCAACCACUAAAGUCUCUGACUUGCAAUAAAAGGUCCGAAAUAUAGCUUAGAACAGAUUAUGAUUUAAACAUGCAUGCGUGUAUAUAUUAUACUCGAAACCGUUUUGAUAUUGGAGUUCAUACGAGGAAGAAUCUGAUUUUUGGAAUGUCGCGACAAAAAUCCAAACAUGGUUUAUGUAUGAAGGUUACAUAUUCAAAUAGAUAACAUGAGGUAGGGAUCUAUUCUAAUGUAAAUAGACGUUAUUUGA